AUGAAAAUUGUACGAGCUUUCUCCGACAGACUUGUUCGACGGGCGCUAUCCGCUGACGGAACAUGCACCGGUGAACACGGUAUAGGAGUCGGCAAGAUACCGUAUCUCGUCGAGGAAUUUGGUCCGAUCGGCAUGCAGGUUAUGAAGGACAUCAAACGCGCCCUCGAUCCUAAUAACAUAAUGAAUCCAGGCAAGAUAUUCAUCUGA